ACAAUUUUUUGUAACUAAGUUUGAGUUUCAGUUGCGGUUCUGUUCAUUCAACACCACUGGCUGUUUGGUCGCCGGAAAAUUCAGUCGCGGCGGACGGAGUUCUUUGUAUCGAAGGUUGACUUGGUUGAAUCGGAUUUGUGAUCUCGUUGAGUUGAUUUGUGUACCAGUACCACACUGCUGCUUUGGCAUGGGAGUUAUGACUGUCUCUAGCUCUUCUGUGCAAACUCCAUUGGGAUUGAAUGCAAGAUAUUCCAGUCGCGUAUCGUUAUUGAGAAGGCCAGUAAUUUUGUCUUUCAAAACUGAUGAUAAAAGCAAGACAAUACCUUUGGAGACCGACAAGGAAAAUGUAAAGAUUUCAAGAAAGGCGAAAAAGCGUACAAAAAGAAUGAAUGCUGUCUCAACUGAUGAAGCCUCACCGAGUACAUUAAAUUUUGAUUACAAUGAAGCAGCUGCAAAAUUGGAACAUAUCUACAAACGUAGUCCUGAAGCUGGCGAUACUGUUGAGGAGGUCGAAGAUCGAACAGUAAAGAGAGAACAAUUGAAGAAGAAAAAGACCAGAGAAUAUGACCAAGUAGAGAAGAGAGCUGCCAACAAUGUGGUAAGGAGUCACAGGAAGAAAAAGAAAAGAUUGAAUCUUGAGAAGAGGAUUUCGCUCAAAAGAAUGAAGAUAGAAAGCAAAGCUCUCGAUUCAUCAUCAUCCCAAAAUAGUGAAAAGACUAGGGCUAGUGAAGAUGAAAAGAUCGAUAGGCUUCUAAGGGAUUAUUCGGCUUCCACUGAUUUGGUCAGCUUGGACUGGAAGAAAAUGAAGAUCCCUCCAGUUCUUACUUCAUCAGAGCAUUCAUGGCUUUUUAAGUUGAUUCAACCAAUGAAGGCGAUCCUUCAAGUAAAGGAGACCUUAGAAAACGAUUUAGAACGGGAAGUAACUGAUGGUGAGCUAGCAGAGGCAACGAAUAUGUCUAAGGUUGAGCUUGGAAAACACUUGAAAGUUGGUCAAGCUGCCAGAAACAAGCUGAUUAAGCACAAUCUUCGGCUGGUUUUGUUUGUCAUGAACAAAUAUUUCCAAGACUUUGGAAAUGGCCCAAGGUUUCAAGAUAUGUGUCAAGCUGGUGUGAAGGGUCUUAUAACAGCCAUUGAUCGCUUCGAGCCGAAAAGGAAGUUUCGUCUCUCAACAUAUGGCAUCUUCUGGAUCAGGCAUGCCAUCAUCCGAUCUAUGACCACAUCAAGCUUUACAAAAGUCUCGUUUGGCCUAGAGUCGGUCCGGGUCGAAAUCCAAAAGGCCAAGCUAGAGCUUUUAUUCGAGCUUCAAAGAACACCGACUGAUGAAGAAAUCAUAAAACGAGUAGGAAUCUCCCCAGAAAGAUACCGGGAAGUGAUGAGGGUAUCAAAGCCUAUCUCAUCCCUCCAUGCACGGCACAUCGUAACUCAAGAAGAGCUGAUCAACGGUAUUACUGACGUAGAUGGCGUCGAAGCAGACAAAAGAAAGCAACCAGCGCUCCUCAGACUCGCCCUCGAUGACGUGCUCGAUUCUCUGAAGCCCAAAGAGAGUUUAGUGAUCAGACAAAGAUACGGGCUCGAUGGUAGAGGUGACAGAACUCUGGGAGAAAUUGCGGGGAAUCUGAACAUUAGUCGGGAGAUGGUGAGGAAACACGAGGUGAAGGCUCUGAUGAAGCUCAAACAUCCGGCGCGAGUCGAUUAUCUUCGCCGGAACAUCUUCAAAUAAAUGCUGUAAGUCGUAAAUACUGCCACUGUAUACUUACAUACAAUACAAUGAAUGCUCUAUACAAAACAAACAAACAAUAAUAUGUUCAAUCCAAAUUUAACACAGGAAAAAUAAGCCUUUUGCAUUGUGCUUCACUUCUCUAAAUGUACCUAAGCCAUUUCACUCGUUAUUUAUGUAAGUUUGAACGUAA